AUGGCGAUCACCGCCGUAACGAACUGCCUGGGGCCCCCGCCCUUGCCGCCUGGCAAACGAUUUCUGCAGAAGUCCUCGAGAAAGUUGUCGUCCACGUACAAGAGCUUUCGCGACCCCGCCGUAGAGGUCUGGCUGUCGCAUGGGAUUCCGGAAAAUCUAAUGGCGAAUCUGUACUCGCGCGAAAUGCCGGUGGGCAGCUCCGGCGGCGCCAAUCACGGCCUGUUUAGAAGCUGCUCCGAGGGCAAUCUGUACGCGCGCGAGACCACGGCGAUGCUGAGCAGUACGCCCCUGAACAAGUGCAUUAGAGCCAUUUAUGGCAGUUGGAAAAAUCUCUUGCACCUUGGCGGUAUGAGCCGGCCGUCCAAAGCCGUGACUCAGGCGAAGAAAGUAGCACCACCAGCUGUACCAGACGUGUUUCGACACUCCGGUUCCUCUUUUGGCUCGGCUGGAUAUGCUAGCAGCGAGGAUAGCUGCUUCCUCUCCGGAAGCGGCCCCGGGGGCACAGCGGACGAUGGUUCCUACGGGAUGCCAUCUGGAAAGAGUCCGGGACCUAUUUUUACCCAUUCGGGCUUCGCCUUUCCGCCGGUGAUCGGCAAGUAUGCCCACGCCGAAGAUCAAGGUAUCGAUAUGACCCAGAGUCCUGGCAGAGACAGUCCCGGGAGCUCCGGAUCAGGUUCCGGUUCUAGGCAUUCUACAGCGUCGUUGGAUUCUGGAAGAGCGUCUGGAUAUCACUUGGGACCUAGAGGGCCCGGUGCUCUUGCCUCAUCUCCUAGAUGCUCCAUCAGUUCCCUCGGGAGUCAUCCUGACCGACCGGCAGAUCUCGACGUCGUUCACGCUUGGUUAACCGAGCUCCAAUUUGAGGAAUACUUCCCCUUGUUCGCUUCCGCAGGCUACGAUCUUGCUACUAUAACACGUAUGACACCGGAGGAUCUCACGGCAAUAGGUAUCAAGAAACCUAAUCAUAGGAAACGACUGAAGGCGGAAAUAGACAAUUUGAAUAUAGGAGACGGAUUGCCGGAACACGUACCCGGAUCGCUGGAAGAAUGGCUCAGGCUUCUCAGGCUCGAGGAAUAUCUUGGCGCGCUUCAUCAACAGGGUAUGCGAUCCGUCGAGGACGUGACAACUCUCACUUGGGAGGACCUUGAAGACAUCGGUAUCGUACGGUUAGGGCAUCAGAAAAAAUUAUUGUUAGCAAUUAAGAGAGUUAAGGAUAUUCGCGCCGGCAAGCGUAUACAGCCACUCGACCUUGCGCGCCUGCCACCACAUCCUGGGCAUACGCAGGACGUUGUUAUUCAACGAGGUGGACCCGAUUUACCGUCGCCCGAUGAGGAUUGUUCCUCGCCUGUACUUAGAUCUUUUCAGAGGGGUGGCAGCGAUACCACUUCUGGUGUUGCUUGGAAAAGUAUGUACGCCGCGUUUCCAACCGACUACAAUACAGUGGGCCGUACAAGCUCUCGGGGAAAAUCUUUGGAGAGUCUAGAGGACGCGCCUCUUGGCUAUCCUCCGUCUCCGGCACCAAUGUCGCAUCCACAACCCCUCGAGUGGCGUCCGCGCAGUUUCGAGGACGGCGAUCUUACACCCACGAAUGAUGCUUCCGUUGUAGAUGCUGGUGGUGGUGGUGGCGGCGGCACUCUCCCACGGCCGAGACAUUGCCUCGUUCGCCCGCGACCCGUAGCUAAGGUCACUGCGACGCCGGGACAAUACAAGUCCUUGCCGAGAGACUUGGAUAACAAGUAUCAAUUAACAUACGGGCUCGAGAGUAGUCCCCAUCUUCCAAAGCGAUGUCCUCCGUCACCUCCGAGACGACAAAGCUCUAGAGACACGUCUAGUUCUUCCGUAAUCGGCGUCAGUGGUUCGGCGGUCGGUGACGUCGUGAUAGACUGUAGCGGGCCAGUGCCAACCGCUUCAUGCGACGAUCAUCACAUUCAUCAACACCAUCAGCAUCAUCAUUUGCUUCAUCAUCCACCGCCGCCGCCGCCGGCGCCUACGCCGGUACCUUCCACACCGCCGCAACUAAAUCGACCGUCUUCUUCCAUGUCACGUUCGUGGGGUAGUGUCAGCGUUAAUAUUAACGAAGAGCACGAGCUAAUCGCAACUCUCGCUCUACAGCAUCGUAACGGAUCAGACGCUAGUUUUAAAUCAAGUUCCAGUACGGAAUCAGAUUCAUUGCCGUUUGCCAACGAGAAUGCCGGCACGAUAAAACAAAGGGCCAGUCGAGCGCAAGAAUAUAUGGCGGGUGGUCCUAACAGCAUCGGCGGUCACUUAGUCAAUCAUCAUUCCAACGGUGGUGAACCGGCGGAUGUUUUGAAUGACAUUGGGAAUAUGCUUGCCAAUCUUACAGAUGAGCUCGACGCAAUGCUCGAAGAAGAGAAACGCCAAGGCCUGAACUCAUAAUCGUCACUGCCUUCGUUUGCACUUUUCUAUUCGACUAAAGUUGCCAUAGGAAUGCAGGCUUUGAUACAUGAAAUAAAUAAACUUAGUGCAACGUACAUAAUUAGACACGAGUGAAUUACAAUUCACGACCGGGAUAAACUGGUACGAAACGCGUUGAGACUCGAGUAUCUCAAAUUCUAAGAUUCUUAAAGACGGGAAUAUUUACCGAUAUAUAAAUCUAUAUCUUCGUUGCGAGGAAGAACAGAAUCUUCUAUUCCAGAAAACGGACAAAUGACAUAUUACGUUGCUUUAAACCGAUGAAAAUAUUCCGUUUCAUAUUGCGUAGAUCGCAUAUCCGAAGUGUAUUCUUGUGUGAUUUAUGCUUUGCUUUCGAUCAGUUUUUUUUUUGGUUUGUUUCUUUAUUAGGAGAGGAAAUUUAUUUACAUUUGCAUGGAAACAUAUUGAGUAUUUCAACAGGUUUCCGAACGCAGUUGUGGUAUUGCAUUUAUAGUGGUACGAUCUUUUUCUACUUCCUUUUGGAGUAGUUAUAGAGUUAUAUUCUUUCUUAUUAUUCUUUUUUCUUUUUACAGUUGACAAUAUUAGAAACGAGUGAUGAUAUAAUACGUGUCGCUCUAUUCUAUAUAAUGAAUUAGGGCAACCCAGUAUUGAAACAUGAAAUACUGACGUGGCAGGGGGAGGGAAAAAGGGAAUACAAUUUUUUAACGGAUACAGAUAUAUUUGUAUAAUUAUGAUUUGUGCAGGUCAUGUUGGAAACAAUUCGGAAAGAACGCAUGUGUCUUCUGUAUAAAGCCAUUUUGUAUCUGUAACACAUUUGUAAAUUCAAAUCCGACCCCUCUUCUCUAAAAAUCUGGUUUCCGUUAACGUAUGUACAUUCCAAUUGAUACUUUUCCAUUUCCGUCCUUCGUUAAAUCGAUAAUACGAUAGAAAUCGAAAAUUUUCUACUCAUAGUUGACUUUGUACGAAAGCAAGGCGCAAAGAAAGAUAAUCAUGUGUUCCAUCGCCCAAAUAAAGCAGCUCCGAAUGUUAGAGACAUAUUCGUAGGGAGAUUGUUACAAUGAAAAAUAAUCAACAGCCUUGGCUGCAUCCCGAUAUGAGUUUAUAGGAUCCUGCAUGAUUUCUUUUAGGCAACACUGAUAGUGCUUUCUCUUUUAACAGAGAGUUCUCUGAGGGAUGCUAUCGAGAUCGUAUUUAGAAUUUCAAGGCAAUAUGGUUUAGUACAGAAAUAUAAGUAAUGUAUGCCAAUUAACAUUUUGUAUUUAUUAUCUGUACUAAUCAAGAUAGAAACGUACAUAACUUACCAUUACUGUGUGGCACAUCCGGAUAUGACGAAGCAGUUGGGAAGUAUACAUGUGUAUUAAAUCAAAGUGGUAGCUGUGGGGACACUUUUGAGACCGACACUCGAAAUGGUCUUCCAAAAAAAAUGCGUGUUACUGGUACGUUCUGCGAUCUGGAUGUAAUAUUUUGCAAGAAACUUUUUAUAAGGUGCUAUAUACGGCAUAUAGUAUUUAGAAGUGAGAUAUUAUAUGGACGACGUUUUUUAUCUAUCUUUGCAAUAACUGACUGACUGCAAAUGGGAGAGAUUUAAACUAAGAGUCCCUCGUGACAACGUAGUAAGACUCUUUUACAUAACACUCUUAAUACUUCAAGCUGGAAAACCUGUCUUUUUUUGUGUGUGUGCGAACAGAUUUAUAUAUUGAUAAUUUGAUACUUGGAUACUUAUACAGAUGUAUUAAUACACGUUACAUAUUAUAUUAAUAUUUUCAGCAAAAGUUACUUACAUGCCCAUUUUCGCAAUGAAAGAUCACUCCACGUACCAGUCUUGAUGACUGAAAAUGCAAAACGCAUGAUUUAUGAUAAAAUGUAUAAUUAUUAUAACACCAUUCUUGCGUGACACAUUAUAUUUUUAGUUCUACUGAGAAGUUGUUGUUUAUAACCAAAUCCAAUCGUGCUCCGAAAGAUAAGGGAAGAACACCUGGUAAAACGUAUAUAGAGUUUCGAAGUAUAUCAUUAUACUUAGAAUUAAUUAAUGAAAAAUGAAGACUGCCCAGUGCAGAAUUAGAGAUUUGUCUUGUUAAUUACUGUAGAUGUAUUAUAAUUCUAUAUAGAAUAUAUAUAUAUGUGUGUGUACAUAUAUAUCAUAUAUCUCAUACAUAUAUUAUAUAUGUAUGCACACAUACACGCACACAGACACAUACGGGAUAUCCAACCAUCCUUUUAAUAGCAUUCUUUGGCCAAUUUAGAAUUUUUUCUAACAAGAAUGAGAAGUCAUUACUUACUCUUCUCUUUCUACUUUUUAUCUUAAUACGUUUUUAUAGCUAAGCCAUAAAUUAAGAUUACGUUCCACUUGAAAGUAUGUAAAGACUGUAGUUUGUUUUCACUUGCCUUUUUCAGAGUAAAUCUGGAAUAAGUCUUUGCUUACAAGUUGAAAAGUAUUGAUGGCUUUGAUUAUAAAUUUGCAAUUUGAUAUUGUUCCUAGAGAAAAAUUAAUUGAUUACAUUGGUCAAAGAAUCUAUCAUUAAAGGUUUUAUUUUUUUUUUAGAAUAUCCUGUGUAUACAUAUAUGUAUGUAUAUACACCAUUAGCAAGUGGUGACUCUAUAAGGGUAUAUUUUUCACAAUAUAUCGUCUUCGAGAAAAAGAGAAAGAGAUAUAUAAAUUACCGUUUAUACAGGGAAAUCGCACUAAACAUUAAUCGACAUUGGCGUGAAUAAAUUAUUUAUUACAGCAGAUUGUAAAUUUAUAUUGCAAUGUGAUAUUUAUAUAACCACAUAGAUAUCAAAUUGCAAUACUUUAAUAUAUAACAAUGCGCAAUUAUACGAUUAAAUCAUAUCUAUUAAUUUUAUCUUACAAUUUAUAUUGAUAAAGAUUUGAGUUGUUUAAAAUUUACGUUAUAAACCUGUAAUAAAAGAAUUAGUGCAUAUCGUAAUAGCAAUUGGCCGUGUUAAAAGAUGCGUAAAUCAUGUUUCAGAAACGGGAGCACAUUAUGUUAUUUUACUCGAUUUUUUAUACUAAUGUUAACAGUACAAGUAGCAGAGUAAUGUCAAAAGACUGUAUAGUGACGUAAUGUAAAUGAAAAUAAACGUCAGUACAUUGUCUUUGUUAUGCCUGCUAUUUGGGGAGCAACAUCGAUUUACAUGAUAAUAAAUAUUUUCUACUCUUUUAUUAGCCA